GGGGUGGAAGUUAUCUGAGUGUUUAUAGAUCUAAAGAAGGCACAGAAUGGCAACGCGCGAAGAAGAAAAGAAGGAAGCCACGCGCCGGUUUAAUGAAACGACAGCUUUCCCGCGGCAUCUGUUUAGCAAGUGUACAAAAAUCCAAAAAUAAUUGAUGUUUAUAAUGUAGUUUUCUAACAGUUGCUUAUAGAUAGCACCCAAAACAUCACUUUAGUUUUACAUGGACCUGUUUGAACUCUCUAAAUAGAACCGUGUAUGACCAUUUCAUAAGACAUACAAUGCACACAAGCGCCUCUUUACCACAGUCCCACCGCCCUGACCACUGCGCCUUGGACAGUCACCGGGAAUGCGUGUCCCUGCUACCCCGGGUGUGUGAGCUGCUGGCGGCCUCAGGGAGCUGUCUGCCCGAUGACACCAGCUUGGAGAAACUGCUGGACUGGUUCACUCAACUUUCCCAAAAUGGCACAUCUCUUCAUGAGAACUUCCCCUGUCUGCUGGAGUUCAUAUCAACAGUCACUCACAACACAGCAUCAGACCCUGCUGUCAUCUGUUUUAUGAUCAAACUCACUGGUGUUAUGGCUUCCACUGUGGAGGGAUUUCAAAUACUACAGGAGCGGUUGACUGUAGAUGAGGUGUUCAAGGUACAGCGGUGGCAGGGGGCAGGACUUUGGGAGGACCCGUCUGUCAGAAGCGCCUGGAUUCACGGCCUGAGGAACAUGAUGCAGCACCCAGGGGCUCUGAGCUUUUUCAUACAGUCAGAACUGAUGGGGCAUCUUUUUCUCCUUCAAACGGACUCAAGUUUAUUUGUGGCCUCUUCUGCCAAUCAGCUUCUAGCACACAUUCUGCUAUUCUAUCAGCCUGAAUCUCCAUUAAGAGACAGCAAAGACCACUCAUAUAAAGAGACUCAUCUGAAACAAAAUGACAGUACACCAUCACCCCUGUUAAUUAGUACAUCUUAUAAUGCAGUUGUAAUGAGUACAUGUGACUAUCUCAAGCAAUCACUGCUUCCUAAAGAACAGAAACAGCUCCAGCAAAGUGCACGACUCCUACGGCUUAUCACUCAGAUCUUGUCCCAAGCCGGUGCUCCGCUGUGGGAUAAGGUGUCAGAGGCAGUCAGGGGUCCCCUGAAAGAUCUGGUUACAACAGAGAACAGCCAACUCACGGUGCCACUGAUGGAGGUCAUUCUAGCUGCAAAUUGUUCCUCCUCCCCUGAUGACCAAAGUGCCAGUGGUCUUCUGUGUGCCAUGUUGGAGGUGAGAGACCCCACAGAGCGCAUCCGGGCUGCAGCUGCUCUUCUACACAAAGGCUUAUGUGAUCCAGUCCACACUUCAAAAGCAGUGAAAAUACUACUACUACCCCUUGAUAUCUUAACUGGGCAUUCUGUGCUUUGCUCGGAUGCAGUAGGUGAAAUCAAAGAGGAGCUUCAAAUAAAUAAAUCCUCUUGCACCUCAUUGAUCUGCAUGUGUGUAGCAAACCUUCAUCAGAUCACAUUACUACCUGCCAACCUCCUGCCCUGUCCGCCUGCUGGGAUAGUCUCUACUUUAGUGUCCUUAUUGCACAUGUCCCUAGAUGCUACGGAUUGGCCUGGCUGUGUUGAGGUCAUCAAAUACAUAUUUGAAAAUGGGAAAUUUCAGAAAUGUGCCCUGGAUGCUCUGAUUGCUGUUAGCCAAUGUUCAGGUGCCCGUGACAAAGUGAUUGAGGUGUUCACAGUUGUCCUCCUGUAUUUAGAUCAUCCACAUUGUGAGCCUAUUGUGCUGCACAAGUGUUACCAGGCCGUACUCAAGUGGACCAGUGUUUGUACAGAUCUGUCCUGGAUGUCAUACCAGCUCAGACAAGAUCUCCUGCGGGUGGUGCAGAAGCGUGUGUGUGACCUGCGCUGGGAGGUCAGGGACUCUACGGUGGAGUUUUUGGGACAACAGGCUGCCCUCGCUCCCUCCUCUUCGAUUCCCUCCCAGAGCCUCCUGCUGCUGGAUGAGUGUAGUACCCUCCCACUGCUCAGGGAGGCGCUGCAAGACCAGGAGAACUACGUGAGAGCCAGUGCUGUGUCUGCUCUGGCCCAGGCACUGCAGAGGGGGUGGAGUCAAGGGGCAGUGGAGUCAACAGAGCAGACAGACAUAGUGACCAAACUACUGAGCAUUCUCUGUGAAGACACCGAAGGCUUCUCCAGGAGAGCUGUGGUCCAGUACUUCAUCUCCUGGUUCUCCUCUUCCUCCUCCUCUCCCUCUCUCCUGAUGUCCUCCAUUCCCUCCAUCCUCUCUCACGGCAGCUCCGACCUGGACUGGGAGGUUAAAGUUCACACAUUGGAGCUAGCCACACUGCUAAUGGACUCCACACUAGCAGGUCACCUCACACAACCAUGGCACCCUUACGCCGCGAUUUCUCAACCAACUUAUAACUUUUCCUCACAAAAUUCUGAAACAAAUGUAGAAGAUUCAUUAAGUAAAUUAAUUGAACAAGGGGUCAUUUCUACUCUUUUUAGUGGAUUUUAUGACUGUGAUAGACCAGUGGGACUUAAAGCUUGCCAGCUACUCAUAAGUCUCCAAGAAACAUUGAAGAAAUCAGAGUGCACAGUUAAAUGCAGUCUUCCAUCUUGGGGUUGGGGGCAGGAGAUCAGAGCGCUUAUGGGGAAUUUGAAUGGUUCAGAUUUGGUGAAUGUACAGGAGGUGUUGAGAUGUUUAAAUUUGGAGCAGAGGUUAUGUGUUCUGAGCCAAAGUAGUGAUCAUGUCCAGAAUUCUCCAUUGUCUUUACUGCAGGACAUUCUGACAGCCCGGGAUGUUCACUCUCACGCGGGUACAGCAGAGGGACAGGAGAUCAUAGUGGACUGUUACUAAGGCAACAGCAUUUGACAUGGACCAUCGUGAAUAGUAAAAAACCAUGACAAUUUUUACUGUAUUGCUAUUUUUUACUGUAUAAGAUCUGAUUUGGAUAAUGUUGUUUUAAGUAAAUGUGAAUUUAUGGAUGAUUUUGUGUAAGGUGUGCAUGUUUUGGUAUGGACACUCUUACUGUACAAUUUUGGGAAAAAAUGGAAUUGUGACUCUUCUAACUAGUAUUGUGAUAUUUUACAAACCUUGAAUUAAGGCUGUGCAGAUAAUGCCAUUUAGAUCAGCUCAAGAGUCAAUAGUUUCAAACCAUCAAUUGCUACAGUAACAUGUCUACUUAAAAUCUGAUUAUUGUUACAUAUUUUAUUAGAAUAUUAUAUACCAACAAUAUUAUCAGAUUUCUGACGGUAAAGGAUUAUUAAAAUGUCAUUUAUACAGCAAAAUCAUCUGAUUUCUUCUGAUGAUCCCUCUAAAUCACAUGUGUCAAACUCAAGGCCCACGGGCCAAAUGUGGCCCUCCACAUCAUUUUAUGUGGGUAAAUUAAAAGGUAUUAUGAUCUUAACAUGUCAUUUUAUCAAGAGAUACACCGUUACACAG